CAGACGUGUGUGAUCAGUGCUUAACGAGAGAUAGAGACAUGGCAGAAGUCGCUCCAGCCCCCGCUGCAACCGCCGCCCCGGCAAAGGCACCCAAGAAGAAGGCAGCCGCCAAGCCCAAGAAAGCGGGACCCAGCGUCGGUGAACUUAUCGUCAAGGCUGUGUCCGCUUCCAAGGAGAGGAGCGGUGUGUCACUAGCUGCUCUGAAGAAAGCUCUGACGGCCGGUGGCUAUGAUGUAGAGAAGAACAAUUCACGCGUCAAGAUUGCAGUCAAGAGCCUUGUCACAAAGGGUACCUUGGUCCAGACCAAGGGAACCGGCGCCUCUGGGUCUUUCAAGAUUAACAAGGCUGCCGAACCAAAGGCAAAGAAACCUGCAAAGAAGCCCACCAGUCCUAAGAAGGCAGUCGCGAAGAAGCCUGUUUCAGCCAAGAAGCCCAAGAAGGCCGUUGCGAAGAAGCCUGCUGUCGCAAAGAAGUCUCCCAAGAAGGCUAAGAAGCCCGUGGCAGCCAAGAAGGCGACCAAGAGCCCCAAAAAGGCGAAGAAGCCCGCAACACCCAAGAAGGCAGCAGCUAAGAGCCCUAAGAAGGUGGCUAAGCCCAAGGCAGCCAAGCCCAAAGCUUCAAAGCCUAAAGCGGCCAAACCUAAGGCAAAGAAGGCGGCCCCCAAGAAGAAGUAAACAUUUUCAGUAUCAUGUACUACAAAAAGGCUCUUUUAAGAGCCACCCACCUGUCCAUAAAAGCGCAUCACCAUUUUGUUUGCAGCACACAGUUGACGCAUAAGUCAAUUAGAAUUUGGCUGGCGCAUUGUCUUGAAACAAUGUAUCUGCUGUCGUUGACAGCAACGUGUAUGACUGAUUUGCCAUAAGACUUGUGCCGAUUGUCUAGGACUAACUUGUGUCUGGGUGAUUAUGAGUUAAGCAUGGCACAUUCGGUGUAGGCUAGUAGCCUACUUUUCAAUGCCAUCCACUAGCCCAUUUGUAAAAAGUAUUGUAGACGUUUAACUGAAAAAAUAUCUAAGACCAUUAAAUCUGCGCGCUUUUUUUCAGUAGCCUAACGGAUUACUAUAAUUGGCGCCCAAAAAGAUGACAGAUAGUCAGUCCCUCCUGGGGGUGGGGUGCACGAGCGUCAAAUCCGAAAGGAGAAAUGCCGUCUGUCGCGCGCUGUUUGGAUCACGCCACACCGUGUUUGUGACCAAUCAGUGCAAUUGAGAGGAGCGGAGCUCUGCUCCCCCAUAUGGGGCGGAGCUUCACGAGCUAUUUUAUCUGUGCAGUCUUUCAAAUAUCAUCGUUAAACCUACUCUACAGUAAGCAAAGGCAUUAUGAGUGGAAGAGGCAAAACUGUCGGCAAAGGCGAAAACCAGGUAAUCUCGCGCCGGUCUCCAGUUCCCCGUGUGUCGUGUCCAGACUUCUCCGAAAGGGCAACUAUGCCGAUCGAGUUGGCGCUGGUGCACCGCUGCCGUGCUCGAGUACUGCUGAAAUCCUGGAGCUGGCCUGUAACGCAGCCCGUGACAACAAGAAGACUCG